AUGCCGAGACAAAGACAGAGGGCAGCGCGAGCCCAGGCUGGCAUACACUUCAUCAUCGCAGAUCCCUCGUCGAGUCGGGAACGACCCGAUAAUCUUCGGAUAGUCCGAUCGCAUGUUGGUCGAUGGAGGUGGCAGCAAGCAAAGGAAAAGCUUGAACGUGAGAGCUCACUGAGUACUGGUGCCAACAACUCCUCCGAGACAUCCCCCCGCGACCAGACAAGCCCGGAUUCUGAGACCCCCGAGCCCUCUAUUGGGCAUACACCGGGAGAUUUUGGAGCAGAUACAGACGGCUUCCCUUGGCUGGUACCAGAGCCGGGAGUGUCUGACCCGACGUACUUUGAGCAAAAUGUACUGGAUGAGGAUGUUUUCACGUUCACAAAUCAAGAACUUGACACAAGUGUACCCGACUUUUGGGAGGAGCAAAACACGGGGAAUGAUACUGAGUUCGGCGCAUUGGGUUGUAUGAGCGGUAUCAGCCCAACCGUCUUGGAUCCUUUUCAGACCAUCGGGACAUCGCCCCUGCCCCUGAACCUUGUGAGUGGCGCCAACAAAUACUUAUUGUGGCCCGGUCUGAUGCCAAAGUCAUCCCUUGGUACAACUCACAUCGGUGUGCAACGAUGGUUUGCAAGUUCUGCGAGUAACGCAGCACUCCAUAGUACUCUGUUGUAUGGGUCAUACUCCCACAGAAGAGCGCUGUGGCUGGUGAAGCAACGUGGUCAUUUCAGCGCCGAUGAUGCCAAGCAAAUGGCCAUUUGUGAGGCAGAUGCCAUUGCAAGAAUCAAUCGUGCUAUCAAGAUCCCCGCCGAAGCCGUCACUGAUGAGUUGAUCUUGUGUGUUUUGUGUAUGGCGACGAACAAGUUGGAGAAUCCAUUAUGGGAAGACGUAACAGAGUCUCCAUUUAAUGCGCCGUUGCGAAGCUUGCAAUGGCUUGACGUGUAUGGUCGUUUGUCACCUCAUCCAGUUCACCAAGCUGGGUUACGCCAACUGGUGUCUCUGCGAGGGGGAUUGGAGAAACUCGGCCUGCCUGGACUCGCCACUGUGAUAUCAUUUUCCGGUGUCUUAGGCGCGAGCCGUUCCCUUGCCCGACCCACCUUCCCCUAUAUUUCAAUUCGCAGCGGCACUCGAAUGACAUUGAAGGAUAUACUUGGGAUUGAUGACUUCUCACAAAACCCAAAGUCUGAAAUAACUGAAGGCGACCACGUUAAUCCUGAGAUGCAAAAGAUUUUCCGAGGCUUGCGGAUAUAUGUCGAGCUCAUCGAAACGUAUCAAGACGGAAUCCAGAUGGGAAUGGACACCCUCUGCGACUACCGAAACGUCAUUCAGUGGCACGUCAUGUCCCUGCUACCGUCAACUCAGCUUGGGUCAGCUCAUGUGGGCUUCUAUCCUCUAUAUGAGGCUUGUCGCUUGGCUUUACUUACCUUUGGUGUGGGCAUCACAUUCCCUCUGCCACCUCAAACCGCUCCCCUGGCGAGCCUCGCCCGGAUGCUGCAGAUCGAGCUUCAAGUAUACAGCCAAGCGAUACAAAAUGAUUCAUUGGAAGUUCAAAGGCUGUACAGUUGGUGCCUCAUGGUGGGCGGGAUAGCAGGAAAGGGCUCGUCGGAGCGGAGCUGGUAUGCAAGCAAACUCCAACAUUAUGCCACAUCGCGGGGCCUAUCGACUUGGCACGAGAUGAGGGUGGAGUUAAGGGAGGUCUUGUGGCUCGAUAGCGCCUGUGAUUUGGCGGGGAAGAUGUUGUGGGACGAAGCAAUGAGUCUAUGAUUUUUUUGGUCUUGUUGUUAAUUUAGCGAGCGUUUAUAGAUG